UCCCGUUCCUUCACGUCCCUUGUUUUUCUUUACCUCGGCUGAUUCCUGUUUUUUCUAACAACUACUACUGCUAGAUAUCUAUCAUGCUCUUAUAAUAGUUACUACUCCCUCGGUCCCAAAAUGUAAGAUCAUUUUUUUUGUUUUUUUGAGGGGAUGUAAGAUCAUUUUUGACAUAUGGGACGGAGGGAGUACAAGGGAACCCCGUUAUUUUCUGUCCCCUUUCGCUUGCUGCAAACGUUUUAAUCAGUUGGAGCAUGUUGUUUAAUUCUUGCGUUCACCGUGGCUCAUUUGUCCAGCCAGCGUGUGGACCGUACUUCUCAACUUCUGAUAUCCAACGUGUUAGUUGUUGCUCUCGUCGUUCUCCCUCUAUUUAGCUCUUUUUUGGCUGAAGCACGCGGGCAGGUUUGGCCUGAAGAAUGCAGGUUUGGCUCUGUUCACUUCCACUUGCUCUUGAGUUCCGAUCAAACUUGCCUUCGUCGGUCCGUGCUUACCAACCUCCUGUUAGUCCUGCCCUCUGCAUCCGCGGCAUGCAACCAUAAUAUCAACGAGGCCAAAGUCGAACAACAAUGGUAGAACCAUUGACUGAACCUCGAAAAAAAACCAUUGACUGAAAAAACACCAACGAUGGAUUCACCUCCUUCUGCGGCAACGCCUUCGAGAAGGGAGAAUGAGCUCACGCUGAUGUCGCCACGUCCAGCCUGAGUUGGCUAGAAGAAUGAUUUCCAUCCUGGAUACUGGGCCCAACCAAUCAAAGCCAGAACAACGGCACGGAGACAACACUUUCAACCAGCGUUGCCUAUACAGUACGUGUUUCCCUUCUUGUAUUUUAUGAUAAGAGACCUGAACAUUGCUAAAGAAGAAGAAGAUAUUGGAUUUUAUGCUGGUUUUGUUGGUGCUUCAUAUAUGCUUGGGAGAGCACUCACCUCUGUAAUAUGGGGAGUUGUGGCUGAUAAGUAUGGGAGGAAACCAGUUCUUCUAAUUACCCUUUUUUCAGUAAUUAUCUUCAAUACACUCUUUGGACUCAGCUCUAGUUACUGGAUGGCAUUAACCACAAGAGGUCUGCUUGGGCUGUUGUCUGGUAUGCUUGGACCAAUGAAGGCUUAUGCUUCAGAAGUAUGUCGGAAAGAACACAGUCACCUGGCAUUAUCACUCAUGUCCUCCUCACGUGGCAUAGGUCUUAUUGUUGGACCAGCCAUUGGUGGUUAUCUUGCACAGCCUGCAGAUAAAUAUCCAGGCAUAUUCUCUGUCAACUCCAUAUUUGGAAGGUUUCCGUACUUUCUCCCUUGUCUUUGUAUAUCACUCCUUGCCAUUGCCGCUGUAAUUGCUUGCUUCUGGCUUCCGGAAACUUUGCAUAAACACACUGAAGACACAAUGUUAAAUAGUUCGACUGAAGCUGUUGAAGAACCUUGUUCUGAUUUAAAUGCUGAACAAAGUGGUAGUGACUGUCUCAGUUUAUUCACAAACUGGCCAUUGAUGUCCACUAUCACUGUAUACUGCAUUUUCUCUCUCCAGGACAUGGCUUAUGCAGAGGUAUUUUCGCUUUGGGCUGUCAGUGACAGAAAAUAUGGUGGACUAAGCUUUUCUUCUCAAGAUGUGGGUAGGGUCCUUUCAAUCUCAGGUCUCUUACUCCUAAUAUAUCAAAUUUUGAUCUAUCCAUUGUUUGCAAACUCUAUAGACCCCAUCACAUUAGUCCGUGCAAUUGCGCUAUUGACAAUACCACUUCUUUCGAGCUAUCCGUUCAUGCCUGCAUUAUCAGGGUCCAUUCUUCAGUUGGCACUAAAUUGUGCGUCUUUUCUGAAGAACUCUUUCUCAGUAACUACCAUGACUGUGUUCAACAUUUUAAUGAAUGAUGCUGUGAGUCAGGACCUAAGAGCCUCAGCCAAUGGCCUUUCUGUAACACUAAUGUCCAUCUUUAAAACUAUCGCUCCAGCUGUUGCAGGAGUUAUAUUCUCAUGGGCUCAGAGGCGUCAAACAGCUCCAUUUCUUCCAGGCGACCACUUGGUGUUCUUUAUGCUGAAUGUGUUCACGGUUAUCGGUCUUAUGCUCACCUUCAGACCGUUCUACGCUAGAAAUGGCACGUCGAAUCAUUAAUGUAGUGACACCAUACAUUAGGACCUGGACAAGGACCAAGAUCUAACAGUUUGGCUCUUCGCUAUUUUAGCGACACGAUCUUCCAUAUUACGGGUUCUUUCUUGAAGUGCCUGCACUUCAUUAGUUACCAACAAUUUUCGUGGUCAGUUGACCAAGUAGGUUAUCAUGAGACUUUGAGAUAUUGGUAUAGGUUUUGCUCUACUUGGUUUGAGCAGUCAUAAAAGCGUCGAGGGUUUCUUCAACUGAAGGUCUAUUACCUGUGCUUGUCCUAUAAUUAUUUGAUGCUCCUUGGUUGGUUGGUUAUGGUGGUUUAGGAUAAUUAUUUGAAGCAUAAUUUUGGUUCCUCAAAUUGGGGUUGUAAUUAUUAUGAGCUAUGAGGAUAACAUUUACCUCUUCUUUACCUUUGAUCAUGCCAAUCAGUUCAUCGAUUUUUUGGCGGUUA